AUGAGUAAAGAAGAUGACCAAACUCAACAUCACCCCCUAACGCGCGAACCGACACGAGAAGAGAAGACCCGCGAGGCCAUAGCCGAGGGCCACGAUGCCGAUAUCCCCAGCAAUAUCGGUUUCAUCCCCACCGAGGCGGACGAGCAGCGUCGAAGAAGCAGUCUAGCUAGUCGCAGGCGCCCGAGCCAUGCAAGCAGAGGAGCACCAUCUCUGGAUCCAGACAAACAGGACGGCGAUGUUAGGGACGAAGAGGAGGGUGGUUCGCAAACACAGAGUGAGAGCGACAUUGUCUGGUGGGAUGGUGAUAAGGAUCGGCAGAACCCGUACAAUUUUGCGACAUGGAAAAAGGUCCUCAAUUGUAUUUUGGUGUCGGCUUUAACAUUUGUCACACCUUUGGCUUCAUCAAUGUUUGCGCCUGGAGUUCCGCAACUCAUGGUCGAAUUUGGUAGCACAAGCCCUGAACUGGCAUCCUUCUGUGUCUCAGUCUAUGUAUUGGGAUUUGCAGCUGGUCCCAUGUUGUUUGCGCCUCUCUCUGAAGUUUAUGGACGUCAAAUAGUAUAUCACUGCUGCAAUGUCGGUUUCAUUGUCUUUAUCAUUGCUUCAGCCAAAGCUCCUUCGUUGAGCAGUUUCAUCGCCUUCCGUUUCCUCAGCGGCACAUUCGGGUCAACACCCAUCACAAAUGGUGGCGGUACAAUCGCCGAUAUGAUUGUCCAGGAGAAGCGCGGUGCAGCCAUGGCCGUUUUCAGCAUUGGACCUCUUCUGGGACCCAUCGUCGGCCCUGUGGUUGGCGGCGUUGUAACUGAUGCUCUGGGAUGGCGCUGGGUGUUUUGGAUCAUUGCCAUCACGUCUGGCGUUUUGUCAACUGUCUUUUUCUUUGCUUCUGAGGAGACCUACGCACCUGUGAUUCUCGCCCGAAAAACGAAAAGACUCCAAAAGGAGACUGGCAAUGAACGUCUACGAUCUAAACUCGAUGCUGGGCUGAGUCCACGGGAUUACUUCAAGCGCGGUAUUCUGCGACCUUUCAAGAUGCUCGCAUUUUCACCCAUUUGUAUUAUCUGUGGUGUAUACGUUGGUCUUGCCUACGCAUACCUGUAUCUUCUCUUCACGAGUCUCACUCCACUCUUCAUGCGCAUCUACCACUUCAACACGGUUAAUGCCGGUCUCACGUUCCUUGGUUUGGGAGUCGGUAGUCUGAUUGGCGUUGGCUACUUCUCUGUUUCAAGCGACAAGUAUAUGAAGAAGAAGGCAGCAGAAGCUAAAGAGCAGGGUAUCGUCGAACCAUCUGAGAUAAUGAAACCCGAGUAUCGACUGCCACCGCUCAGAAUCGGAGCCAUUCUGCUUCCUGUCGGGUUCUUCAUCUAUGGUUGGACUGCCGAAUACGAGACACACUGGAUUGCGCCUAUUUUAGGAACAUGUGUUAUCGGCGUCGGAAAUCUUAUCAUCUUUAUGUCCUUGCAAAUGUAUCUGAUCGACACCUUCACCAUCUACGCAGCCUCAGCCCUCGCUGCCAACGCUGUUAUGCGAUCCAUCGCCGGAGCAGUACUCCCUCUUGCUGGACUGCCCAUGUACAACAAGCUAGGUAUGGGUUGGGGAAACAGUCUGCUCGGAUUCAUCGCCGCUGCGCUGAUUCCUGCGCCAUGGCUGUUCAUCAAGUAUGGUGAGCAUUUGAGAAAGAAGUUUGAGAUUAAGAAUUUAUAA